AUGAAGGACUUUCGAGUCUGGUUCACUAUGGCGGGACUCACGGAACGAGAAAAGAUGCUGCGUGGCGAGCUGUUUUGCGCUUUUACCCCGGAUAUGGUAGCUGCUAGAGCUCGAUGCAAGUAUGCCUGCAAUCGAUUCAAUAAUACCUCGGAUGAGGUACCUCGUCGGCGACUGGUUGAGAUGUGGCGAGACAUAACUGACGACAAAACACCUCUCCCACCUAAACUCCUCGACCCAGCUGCCGACGACGACCAGUUCAAACAUGAGCCCUGGAUCGAGGCCCCGAUCAAAGUGGACUACGGCUUCAACGUGAAGCUCGGGGCCGGAGUCUUUGUCAACUUCAACUGCGUCUUCAUCGACACCUGUCCCAUUACAGUAGGAGCACGGACUUUGUUCGGGCCUAAUGUGAAUUUGUUUUCCGGGACCCAUCCUCUUGAUCCGGCGCUGCGGAAUGGGACUGAGGGGCCAGAGAUGGGGAAGCCGAUUUCCAUUGGGGAGGAUUGUUGGAUUGGGGGGAAUGUGAUUGUUCUUCCUGGGGUGAGUAUCGGGAAGGGAGCUACUAUUGGAGCAGGGAGUGUUGUUACAAAGGAUGUGCCUGCUUUCCAUGUGGCUGCGGGUAACCCGGCUAGGAUUAUUCGGAAGAUUGAGACGACAAUGACAGAGUGA